CGCCGGAGGGAUUGGGCAUGGCUGACGCCGCGCGGCGGGAAGCCCCGCUCUGCUCGGAGCAGUUCGGCUCCGGGGCCGCACGGGGCUGCCGCGCGGCCGCCGACGGAACCCUGCAGUGGGAGGCCCGGGGGUGGCGCUGGGGGGGGCUUUCGGGGGCCUUCCCGGCGAGACCCGAAGGACGAGAUGAGGGCGGCGUGGGGGCUUCGGGGACCUCGUCGCCACCUCUCUCCGGUCUCCAGGCCGUGUUCCUGCCGCAGGGCUUCCCUGACAGCGUCAGCCCAGACUAUCUGCCCUACCAGCUGUGGGAUUCCGUGCAGGCCUUUGCUUCCAGCCUCUCGGGCUCCCUGGCCACCCAGGCAGUCUUGCUGGGCAUAGGGGUGGGGAACGCAAAAGCCUCUGUUUCAGCUGCCACGGCCACCUGGCUUGUGAAAGAUUCAACUGGCAUGCUGGGCCGCAUCGUCUUUGCCUGGUGGAAGGGGAGCAAACUGGACUGUAACGCCAAGCAGUGGAGGCUUUUUGCUGACAUCCUCAAUGAUGUAGCCAUGUUCCUCGAGAUUAUGGCUCCCAUAUACCCAAUCUGUUUCACCAUGACCGUGUGCACCAGCAACCUGGCCAAGUGCAUUGUGAGUGUGGCUGGCGGGGCCACUCGAGCCGCCCUGACCAUGCACCAGGCCCGGAGAAACAACAUGGCCGAUGUGUCAGCCAAGGACAGCAGCCAGGAGACGCUGGUGAACCUGGCAGGGCUCCUGGUCAGCCUCCUGAUGCUUCCUCUGGUGUCGGGUUGCCCCAGCUUCAGCCUUGGAUGUUUCUUCUUCCUCACUGCCCUCCACAUCUAUGCCAACUACCGGGCAGUCCGAGCCCUUGUCAUGGAGACCUUGAAUGAAGGCCGGCUCCAGCUGGUCCUGAAGCACUUCCUUCAGAGGGGAGAGGUACUCGACCCCACCUCAGCCAACCAGAUGGAGCCGCUGUGGACAGGUUUCUGGCCAUCCCUGUCUCUAUCUCUGGGGGUCCCCCUACACCGCCUGGUCUCCAGCGUCUCUGAGCUGCAGCAGCUGGUUGAGGGGCACCAAGAACCUUACCUCCUUUGCUGGGACCAGUCACAAAACCGCAUACAGGUAGUUCUGAGCCAGAUGGCAGGCCCUGAGACCAUCCUAAGGGCCGCUACGCACGGGCUAGUGCUUGGAGCCCUGCAGGGAGACGGACCCCUUCCAGGAGAGCUGCAGGAACUGAGGAACCGGGUACGAGCAGGUCCUGAGAAAGAUAGCUGGGUCAUCGUCAAGGAGGUACACCACGUGCUGGAUAAGCUUUUCCCAAAGUUCUUGAAAGGACUGCAAGAUGCUGGCUGGAAGACCGAAAAGCACCAGCUAGAGGUGGAUGAAUGGAGGGCCACAUGGCCCCCGUCUCCAGAAAAGAAGGUCUUGUGAGCAGCCCAGAUGGAGGCCCAGGGCUCGGGCCAGGAGCCUGGAGCAAGGACACCUUGACCACAGCAGGCUGUGGGAAAGGCAGCUUUAUUUCUGCUUAGGGGAGCUGCUAUGGCAGAGUGGCCAAGGCCUCAUGGGAAGUGACUGCCAGUCAGAUAGACUGGGCCCCAGGAGGAGAUAAGGCAGAGAAAAAGAGAACGAGGAGCUUCCCACCCCACUGCUGCCCUUUCCCCUUUUCUGGGGACCACUGCAGGCCACCCACUCCCACUUAUUGUGAGGAUGAGCCCUGCCCUUGCUGUGGUUCCUGUUGUCCAACACAGUUGGCCUUAGGCAUAGAAGCCCCAGAGGAACACCGCCACGGUCAUCAUGAGCAGGGCAUUGAGGUUGACCACACGGGCCCAGCGUGGGUCCUCGCUGAUAUCCUCCAGCUGCCUGGCUGCUAUAGCCACCUCCUCCUGGGUAGGGGGUGGAGGACCACCUGCCCCACCCCUGCUCAUUCCACAGAACCAGAGCAGACACUGGCGGAGGAGGCUUGGUGAUGGGGACUGUGGCUCUGGGAGAAAUUGAGGCUCCACAGUUAGUUUGCAGGAAUUUGGCUGCCCCAUCUCCCCGGCCCUCGUCCUCAGACAGUGCCUUACCCUCUGUCUCCACCGCGUGCUCUGGGCUCCCGCUCUGUACAGGGAGCGACGCGCCUUGCAGCUCAUCAGCAUCCAGGUCCUCGCGUUCCUCCUUGCUGUUCCGGAGACUGAAAACCAGGCGGUGGAGCUGGGGAGUGAUGGGAGCAGGGACCAAGUGGGCAUUCUGUCCCCUCACACCAAGCUCUAAAGUGUCCUGUCCACACUGGCACGGCAGCCCUUUCCCUACCUUCCCUCACCUCACUCUGUCCAGUCUGCUCACCUAGCAGGAGGCUCAGUUCUCGAGAACUCCACCUUCCAUAGCUGCCCCUUCCUCUCACGCUAAACUCCAAGCUCCUCAGCUUGGAGUUUAAAGCCAUUGGCCCUGCUCCCCCUACCGUUCCCACCUCAAGUCUCCUGUCUACACCCAGAGUGUGGUACUUUAGACUCUGGUCUUACAGUCCUGCCAACACAGUGUUCCUUCCUGUGGGUAUUUGCUCACAGUUCCUCCUACUGCCUUGGAAUCCUGUCCGUCCUUCGAGGCCCAGGUCUUUUGCAGGCACCGACCCCACCACCAUAAGCCCUGCCCCAGAGUAGCAUGAAACCAAACCUGUUUAGGGGGCUUUCAAGAUGGUACUUUGUCCCUCUCAGCCACUAGUCAGAUCCUGUGUUUUGAGUCCCAAAGGCCAUGCCAAAGAUGCCAACUCACCAAAAUCUUUAAGCCACCUCUCCCCAGACCACUUCAAAUAAAUGGUAUUUAAAUUAAAA